GGCCUGACCUUCUGUCAAUCUGCUUGUGCGCAAGGCCUCCCCGUUUGGCCAUGGCCGAGUUCCGCAAGCUGGAGUUAUCCGAGGCUCUGGCGCUGGGGCCCCCCUGGCGGCACGCGUGCCAUGCCAUGCUCUAUGCACCUGACCCGGGCAAGCUCUUUGGCCGCAUCCCGCUCCGCUACGCCGUCCUGAUGCAGAUGCGCUUCGAUGGGCGCCUGGGCUUUCCCGGCGGCUUUGUGGACUCGCAGGACAGCUGCCUGGAGGACGGGCUGAACCGGGAGCUGUGCGAGGAAUUGGGCGAGGCGGCAUCGGCCUUCCGCGUGGAGCGCGCCAACUACCGCAGCUCGCACGUUUCGGAUGGACGACGCGUCGUGGCACACUUUUACACGAAGCAGCUGGAGCUGGAGCAGCUGGUGGCGGUGGAGGCCAGAGCCCCGCAGGCCAAAGACCACGGGAAGGAGGUGCUGGGCCUAGUGCGGGUGCCCCUGUACACCCUGCGUGACGGAGUGGGAGGCCUGCCCGCCUUCCUCAAGAACUCCUUCAUUGGCACUGCGCGGGAACAGCUGCAAGAAGCCCUCCACGACUUGGGGCUGGUGGAUUCUGCAUCCAGCUCAGGCCCUAAGACUUGAGCCCGUAGACGUUGGUAACGACCACCCUGCCUGGACUCCUGGAACCCGAGAUAUGAAGACAUUGGUCCUGGCAGCGCAGGCAGGGACAGAGGACUGUGUUGCCUUCUGGACCAGAGUUUCCAGCUCUGGAGAGUUGGAAAGUGAUAGCCAAUGAGAUGAAGGUGAUGUGUGUUCUCUAGACUGCAGCGUCCACGCACGCCGCAGAGGCACAUGGUCACACAUGGCCCUGAAGGAUGCCCAGAGCCUGCUGCCUGCCUCUGCACCUGCACAGACAGCCUGCGCACUUGUACUGUCCUCACAGCCCUGACCGCUUCACCCCAGCAUGCCCAGUGUAACUUCACCAGGAAGUGGCAUUGGAGGGCCUGCUCUCCCCUGUGCCUUGUGUUCCGCUGAGGGAAGGAAGAGGCUAGGAAGGAGAUGAGUGUGCAUCCCCAUUCUCACACAUGGCUGCCCCCCUGCGUCUUCUAGCUCGGCCCCUGCUCCUGGGGAGGUAGGAGGUGGACAAUGUUCUGUCUUCUGGAGGCACUCCCUAGCCAAUUCCUUACCCUUUUCUUCCCCUGAACCUGUGCAGAAGGGACCAA